AUGUCUGACAGUCUAUACAAUGGCACAGACCUGAAUUCGGUCCUCCGCACACUAUCAACAUUGACCACCCCAGACGUGACCCCAAGGGAGACAGGAACAUUUGAUCCGCAGAGGACUCGCCCAGCAGCGACUCAAUAUGCUCAGAAGGCAACAGUCGCUCCACCAGGAAAACCGGCAGCAAAGUCCUCCACUGUUGACCCGUCCACCAUCAUGACUUGGUCUGCGGCACUUCGAUAUGUGAUGACAACUGUUGGUCAAGACGAAGAAACCCAGCUCCGGAUUCGGGGAUUAAUCACGAGCCAACAUAAGCACGAGAAGCAGUGGUGGCAAGGCCGAAAAGCCUUGCUCGAAAGACAGCGUGCCCGUGAUGACAAGAAAAAGGAACUAGACGCUGUCCUACUCUCUAUUGGUGCACCCGUCGAUUCGAAAUCAACGAUAGACGUCGAUGCAGAAAAGCUAGAACUUGAAGACUACGACAGAAAAGUCUACCAAGCAUCUGUCACCAUGGCUAAUGCGCUCACUGCAGAGCUCCGUGGACUGAAGAUCCCCUUCUUUGUGAUCCAGAGGAGCCUCAUUCAAGAAGAGAGUGCAAAAGCUGGCCCCGAUGACAGUAGCCACGACCCAUCUGAAAAGAGUCAAACUCGACUGACCAAGUCCGAUCUCGCUGAGCUUCAGCGCCGAAUGCUUGGCCUACUCGAGGAUCUUUGUGGAGAAUGA